AUGGCGGCAUUUCAUCUGGCAGAUUGCAUUCUCGAGGGUGCCGACCUCGGCUUCUCCAGCACAGUGGUCUCAGGGUUCCAAGAUAGCAGAGUGCCUGAAGACCUCUCACUGGAAGAGAGAGAAGAACUUUUAGACAUUCGUCGAAGAAAAAAGGAACUUAUUGAUGACAUUGAGAGGCUGAAAUACGAAAUUGCUGAAGUUAUGACGGAGAUUGACAAUCUAACUUCAGUGGAAGAGAGGUAAACAACGCAGAGAAGCCAGCAAACGAGUCUGGGCGACCCUCCUAACGAGAGCUUCCUUCCUUAUGUUCUUCAGGGAAUUCAGUUUCUAAUAGAGAAUGACCUGCUGCAGAGCUCCCCAGAGGACGUGGCCCAGUUCCUGUAUAAAGGAGAAGGCCUAAAUAAGACCGUGAUCGGGGACUAUCUGGGUGAGAGGGACGAUUUCAACAUUAAAGUUCUUCAAGCGUUUGUCGAGCUCCAUGAGUUUGCUGAUCUGAACCUCGUCCAAGCCUUAAGCACCGACAGCAUCUGUUUCCUUCUCCGGUGCCCCCCGCUGGGGCUCCGAUGGCUGUGCACUGAGCCAGGGCCACACAGGCUCCGUCGGGUCUGGCUCCAGCUGAACCUGUACGAGAGCAUCAAGAACGAGCCGUUUAAGAUCCCGGAGGACGACGGCAACGACCUGACGCACACGUUCUUCAACCCCGACCGCGAGGGCUGGCUCCUGAAGCUGGGAGGAGGGCGGGUGAAGACCUGGAAGCGGCGCUGGUUCAUCCUGACCGACAACUGCCUCUACUACUUCGAGUACACGACGGACAAGGAGCCCAGGGGAAUCAUCCCCCUGGAAAACCUCAGCAUCAGGGAGGUGGAAGACCCGCGCAAACCGAACUGUUUCGAGCUUUACAACCCGAGCCACAAAGGCCAGGUCAUCAAGGCCUGCAAAACGGAGGCGGACGGCCGAGUGGUGGAGGGCAACCACGUGGUGUACCGGAUCUCCGCCCCGAGCCCCGAGGAGAAGGAGGAGUGGAUGAAGUCCAUCAGAGCGAGCAUCAGCAGGGAUCCUUUCUAUGACAUGUUGGCCACGAGGAAGAGGAGGAUUGCCAAUAAGAAAUAG